AUGAUUGCAUUUGUGUUGACUUUAUUUUUUCUCCUCUUGCUCAUAAUUUGGUUAUUUGGCUCUCGAUUGCUCUCCGUGUUGGAUCGAUCGGGUAAAGUAAUUUUCCAUGGAAAUUUACGAUCAUCAUCGGAUCAAAAUAAUAAUAAUAAUAAUAUUAAAUUAAAUAACAAUAAUAAUAAUAAUAAUAAUAUGGGUGAUGCCGAUGAUGAGAGAAGGAAUUACCAGCAACAACGAAAGAGAAUUGCCAUUACAAUUGAUGAUGUUCCUUGGAAAUAUUCACUUCCAAAGCCUUUGAAAAAACAAGGCUUGAAAUUAGAGACGAGUAUUGCUGAGAUUUGUUCAGUGAUGGAAAAGUUGGGUGAUUGCUGUGCUACAUUGAUGAUGAUUGGAAGUUAUGCAACUCGAAAUUUGAAACAUGAUGAGGAAUUGACCAGUAAAUUUGUGGAGUGGAUUGAUGAUGGAUUAAUUGAGUUGGCUAAUCAUGGAAUGACAAAUAGCAGGCAUGCUUCGUUGAGUAGGGAAAAAUUGAGAGAGGAAAUUGUGCAGAAUGAAACGACAUUGAAUGAUUUGUUGUUGACUAGAGUGAAUGCAAAGAGGGUUACACCUCUAGAAAGUGUCCUGACUAAAUUUUACAGACCUGGUCAUGGAUUUUUCACUAAUGAAAUGAUAGAGUUGGUUGAUCAACUUGGCUAUAGAAUAGUUUUGGGAAAUAUUUAUUCAUUCGAUCCACAAAUACCUGUUUGGUGGUUGAAUUUUGUGAAUAUUGUAAUGGUUUCAUAUUUAUAUGAUAUUUUGAAAUUCAUUUCGUUUGGAUAUUUUGCAACGAAUGAUGAUCAAGCUAUUGUAAUUUUACAUGAUAGACCUUGGACUGCCAAAUUGUUAAACUAUUUGGUUCCAUUCCUUAAAUGGAGAGGAUAUGAUAUUGUUUCCCUUAGUGAAAUUGUAACCAAAAAUUAA